UGAAGUUUCAUAGUUCUAUUUCACAAGGUGCCAACUAGCAAACAUUUCGGGUUUGCCUGUGUUUGGCAUAGUUAUGUAUUGACCAUUGGGGAAGCACACCUGUAAAUGAUACCUUAUAGUGUUUUUUUAUGAAAUGUCAUAUUAGUCAUCUACUAGUAACCCAAAUUUGCAGUGUGCAAAAUUUUCACCCUGUUCACCAAUUAAAGUGUCCAAUCACAACUAUAUUUGAAGCAAAUCUUCUAGUGCAAAUUCUGUGGCUCGAUCGGCAUGUGAACAUCUACAUUCUUGGAUACCAUCAAUAUUUGUCUGCGUGAACUUUUGAAUUUCUGUGUUAAGAACUAGAUGUUUUAACAACGGGUCUUCUAAGCUAUAUUUUUUAAUUAUUGGUUCUUCACCAUAUCCAUUUCUGGAUCAUGUUUUUAUAUGAUAAUUGAGGUAAACCUUGGAGAGCUCUGUGCAUCUACAACUGCAGCCUCCACAUGCCUAAUUGUAGUAUUGAUUCUUCACUGAGCAACAUGGAUGCAUGUUCAGUGAUGUGGGAAGAUCUGGCUGUUCAUAUCUGUACUGGGAGAGACAAUCCACAGUGCUCAAAAGUAGAGGGCAAUUCAACACACGUUUUCAUUUCUUGAGUUGACAUGGAUUUUUCUUCUUCUCGUUUGAAGUAAUACGUGGAUAAAUAUGUUAAGUUGACACUGCAACUCGAGCUUGGAAACAUCCAACUGCAGAAAAUCGAUGGUGUAUGUAGCAUUCAUUUAUACCUCAUACUUUAAAUGUGCACCAAAAUAAUAAGACAUGGAGGCCAUCCAAUUGAAUGUACUCCCUCCAAUUCAUAUUAAUUGACUUCAAUAUGGAUGUAUCUAGAACUAAAAUGUGCCUACAUACAUUCACAUUAGAGUCAAUUAAUAUUAACCGGAGGGAGUAGUUGAUAGUAGAUCUCUGUAAAUUAUUUUAUCUUGAAAAUCUCCUUGUUGCAUCUGUUGUUCCUAUCAAUUAUGUUGUUUUUCUUUUUUACUCUUACCUAUAUAUUCCCUCCGUUCAACAAUAUGUGGCGCAAUCUCUCUCUACAAGAAUCCAGUUCUCCACGAGCAAACAAAGCAUAUCGAUCUCCGUUAUCACAUCAUACGUGACUACGUCGAGAGAGGGAGCAUCGUUGUGGAGUACAUUAGCACUGCACGAAGGCCGACAUACUAACGAAGCCAUUGGGCCGUGUACGCUUCCAGGAGCUGCGAGGCAAGGUGGGCAUCUUCGAUGUCAAGUUUGAUCGACAGGGUUGAGGGGGAGAAUGUUGUGUUAAACCCUAUCUCUCUCUCUCUCUUGCCUCUGCUGUUUAUUUCCCUGGGUGUCCUUUUUUCGACACUUUUAGUUUCGUCAGGUUUAGCAGUAGUGAGCUGUUUGUUUCAGUUAGCGCUGGUUGUUGCGAUUUGUGCGGCAGCCAGGAAUUGGUCUAGAACGUUGAGCACGUUGCUCGGAUCGUGGGAUGGCGCGAUCAGUCGUGGAGCACGUCGCUCGACCCUUUCCCUUUCGUAUGAAUAAAAGGAGAAACAGAAAACGCUGCAAGUGAUUGAGCGCAGCACAAACCUCUCUUGUCUAGUGUUCAUCCUCUCUAAUCUCUCACGCGAUCGAGCUAGGUUUUAGGGAGACAGGACCCGCAGUCAUACUUGCUUUACAACUUGGUGAUCAGGUAUGUUUAAAAUUAAUUGAAGUUCUUUCUUUUGUUUGUAACAGUUCACUUGAUCUAACUAUGAGGUUUUUAGUUUCCUAAUCAGUUUUCUUAAUCCUUCAUUUGACUGGUGGUGCAGUUCUACGUGGAUACCGUGAAGAAAAUGGCUCACUGCCACUUUAUAUCUGGGUCACCUUUGCGAACAUUGUGCCUUCUCAUUGCUGGUCAACCUGCAGAUGUUUUUAAUGUAGAAAACACAAACUAUGAUACGCAGGGUGCAUCCCAACAGCCUAUGCAGCCUAGUCCUAAUGCUAUGUUGGAUGACUGGGAAGAGAAUUUGGCUAUUAUAACUGCAAAUAGGACAAAAAAUGAUGACCUAGUCAUUACCCAUCUUGGAGAUUGCCUUUGGAAAGAGAUAAAUGAGGUUGCAGCUGCUCAUUCAUGCUACUUAGUUGCUGAACUAAAUAUUGACCCGUACUCUGAAAGUGCUCGGUUAUGUCUCAUUGGUGCAGACCACUUGAAAUGUCCUCGAACAUUUGCCAGCCCUGAAGCCAUUCAGGGUGGGUACGGAACGAAUCUAGCCCCUGCAAAACUAGUUGGAAAGCUAUUCACCUCGCUUGAUAAAUCUAUUUCCCGCAUGAUGGGCACACCGUCUGCGCCACUUCCACCAGUGCCACAGAGCACUGUUGGUGAUAGGGAGAUCUAUCCAGCACCUGCAGCUGCAAAAUUUGUGAACAGCCAAUCAGUAAUGACCAUGUCAGCAUUAGUUGCAUCCCCUUCAGUGCAUUCAAUAAGUGAGAUGGCAGAGAAUAGCGGUGGCGCUAGCAGGAAGAUCGCACACAACAGAAGUGUUUCUGAACCAGACUUCGGCAAAACACCGAAACAGGGUGCGCGAACGGAUAACACGCAGAGCAGUGCAUCAGGAUCGGGUAGUUCACGAUUUGGUUGGAUUGGCUCCACGCUGCAGAAGACAAUGGGAUUCGUUUCAAAAUCACGCCAGGCAAAAUUAGGGCAGCAGAACAAGUUUUACUAUGACGAAAAGCUGAAGCGAUGGGUAGAGGAAGGUGCUGAGAUUCCUGCCAAGGAGCCUCCUCUCCCUCCACCUCCAACCAAAUCCUCCUCAUAUCAGAAUGGCAUGCCAGACUAUAACUUAAAUGGCCCUGCUAGUGGAAUCCAUACUCCCAAUGGAGUGGCAGAACGUAGAUCUCCGAAACAUUCAGAUCAUGGUUUGGGAAUGCCACCAAUUCCACCCAGCCAGAACCAGUUUUCUGCUCGUGGACGAAUGGGUGUUCGGUCCAGAUAUGUCGACACAUUCAAUAAGGCUGGUGCAACCGGAGCAGCCCAGUCUUACAACAAACCGGCUGCUGCAUCUGUGACACCACCAACUGGUGCCAGGUUCUUCGUGCCCACUGCAGCCGCUGCUCCUUCCGAGCAGAUGCCGAGCCAAUCAGCAGAGACACGUGGUGAAACCUUCCACCAGGAUGAGAGUUCAUCCUCACCCCCAGCAGGAACAUCAUUUUCAUCACCCCCACCAACAGCACAAUUUUCAGCACCAAUGUCAUCUACCAUUCAGCGGUAUCCCAGCAUGGACAACAUUCCUAAUCCAAACCAGGCACCCUGGAUGUCCCCAGGAAGUAACAACAGCUCAUUGACACCAAGAUCGCGGGCAGCAUCAUGGAGUGGAACAUACUCUGACCAAUUUAGUGCUACGGCAGGCGCUAGAUCACCUGAAGGACCGAUGGUGCCUUCGCCGCUCAUGCCUGGCAGACCCUUGCAUAGUCGUUCCAACAGCAACUCGUCUGUGCAGUUCAAUGGUUUGACAGAGGAUCUUCAUGAGGUUGAGCUCUGACAGCGACGGGUGAUGUGACGGUCUGCAUGAUCGUCAUGGCCGCCAUGAUUCAGUCCACACAACCUCGGUAAACCGCGGUUCUUCCAGCAAAACGCAAGUAAGUUAAAAUGCGAAAGGAGCUGUUCACAGCGAAUCAAGUGAUUGCCAGCACAGAGAUGGACAUCUCCAAUUUUGAAUGGAACUCGGGGAAAACUGCUAAAACCGAGGUGUGCCAGACGCGUACUACACGUACAGUCUUGGUUUUUGAGUAUUUGUAGCUAUUUUUUUUCGAUCAAGAAGCAUAGCCCCAGCCACUGCAUCCAAAGGAUACACACAGCUUUUUCUUUUAUUAAAUUAUUCGCAAUGACUUACAAGGGAAAUACAAAGAUCAAUCUCGAAGCUUC